AUGCUUCCUCCUGCCAUUCAUUUCUCUCUCAUUCCCCUUGCAUGCAUCCUAAUGAAAAGCUGUUUGGCUUUUAAAAAUGAUGCCACAGAAAUCCUUUAUUCACAUGUGGUUAAACCUGUUCCAGCACACCCCAGCAGCAACAGCACAAUGAAUCAAGCCAGAAAUGGAGGCAGGCAUUUCAAUAACGCUGGACUGGAUCGGAACACUCGAGUUCAAGUAGGCUGCCGAGAACUGCGUUCCACCAAAUACAUCUCGGACGGCCAGUGCACCAGCAUCAGCCCUCUGAAAGAGUUGGUGUGUGCGGGCGAGUGCUUGCCCCUGCCUGUGCUGCCUAACUGGAUCGGAGGGGGCUACGGAACGAAGUACUGGAGCCGGAGGAGCUCCCAGGAGUGGAGGUGUGUCAAUGACAAGACGCGCACCCAGCGAAUCCAGCUGCAGUGCCAGGACGGCAGCACGCGCACCUACAAAAUCACCGUGGUCACCGCCUGCAAGUGCAAAAGAUACACGCGGCAGCACAACGAGUCCAGCCACAACUUCGAGAGCCCGGCGCCGGCCAAGCCGGCCCAGCACCCCCGCGAGCGCAAGCGGGCUGGCAGACCCAGCAAACACGGCCUGAGCUAG